AUGUCUGGGAAAUUUCUGUAUUUUGCUUAUGGAAGUAACCUGUUACGUGAACGACUUCAGCUCCUGAACCAAUCAGCUAUUUUCAAGCAAAUUGUCAAACUCGAGAAUUACAAACUCAUAUUUGCCUUUUCAUCUUUGAGAUGGAGAGGACAUGUUGCUUCGAUCGAAGAAUCUUUUGGCCACACUGUUUGGGGUGUUAUGUAUGAACUCAGUCAUUCAGAUCUUGAAAACCUUGAUAAGCAAGAAGGUGUCAAAAAGAAAAUUUACAAGCCUAUUUAUAUUCAAAUGGAGGGUAAUAAGGAUGAAAGUGAGCGAUGUAUUUCGAUAGCGGAAAAAUAUAUAGCUGCUGGUGAUAAAGACAAAGCACUGAAAUUUUUAAACAAAGCAGAAAGAUUGUAUCCGUCUGUGAAGGCCAGAGCUUUAAUUGAAAAAUUAAACAAUCUAAAUGGUAGUACCACUGGACGUAGACAGAGUGCCCCUGACAAUAAUAUCCAUGAUGAUAAACCAUCUAAAAGUCAUUCUUCAGAACGGUCAGAGACUGGUCAUUCUGAAAAGUCGGUAGAUGAUUUUACUGAGGAACAGUUAGUGGCUGUGAAAAGGAUUAAGAAAUGUAAAGAUUAUUAUGAAAUACUUGGCAUCACAAAAGAUGCUACAGAUGCUGACCUGAAAAAGGCUUAUCGAAAGUUAGCACUAAAAAUGCAUCCCGACAAAAAUAAAGCCCCGGGGGCCACUGAAGCAUUUAAAGCCAUUGGAAAUGCAUUUUCAGUAUUGAGUGACCCUGAAAAAAGGAAAAAAUAUGAUCUUUAUGGAGAAGAUGUUAGUCAUCAGAUUCGAACUAAUAGAGAUGGCUAUGAUCACUAUGAUUAUUCCCGGGGAUUUGAAGGUGAUAUUUCUGCAGAAGAACUUUUUAACAUGUUUUUUGGUGGUGGAUUUCCAUCAGGCAAUGUAUAUGUACAUCGGCGAAAUCAGAAUGGACAUUUUCAAAGACAUUCUCAUUCAGAAAGUGGAUAUGGUUUACUUACCCAACUUGCCCCAGUUUUGAUGUUGAUAUUUUUAUCCCUUAUGGGAAGUUUUCUUGUCCCAGAUUCACCUUUUAGUUUACAACACUCAGUGAAAUAUUCUACUGAAAGGUUAACAAAUAACCUUAAAGUUCCAUAUUUUGUGAAGGAUGAUUUUCAUGUAGAUUCCAAAUAUGAUUUACGAAGAAUAGAAAGACAAGUAGAAGAAGAAUAUGUUUCAAAUCUUCGUACCAGUUGUUUCAAAGAAAAAAGCUAUAAAGAAACAAUGAUGUGGCGAGCAAAGAACUAUGGUGAUCCCCAUAUCUUCAUUAUCUAUCUAUCUAUCUAUCUAUCUAUCUAUCUAUCUAUCUAUCUAUCUAUCUAUCUAUCUCAUCUAUUCAUAUCUAUCUCAGUUUGUUCAUAUCUAUCUCAGGCAGAUAAUAUCUAUCUCAGUCUGUUCAUAUGUGUCUCUCUAUCUACCUAUCUAUCUUAUUUUUUAUUUAUUUUAUUUUCAAGUACUAAUUUUAAUAUUAUAUUGGAUCUGACUUAA